CAAAGAGACCGGAGUAGUGUGUAUCACUUCACCUGGGCAGGUCGAGUAACGCAUACGUCGCUCUGGGCAGCUUGACGAGCUGCAGCUGAGUACUCGAGAAAUACAAUUAUAAGUCCUGCAGCGGGCUAUACUCUUUGAGUACAAGCUACAGUUUUCGUUACUAACUCAACAGUAAUACUUAAGUGUUGUGACCGGGUUACCUUGUGGCCAUUAUAACAUGACUUAUUUCUUUAAUAAGAUAACAUAAUAACAUAAGUGUUGGAGGCAAGAAAGAACUUUUGAUAAAUAAGUCAGGCCCACUGUGCACCCCCACGUGGCUUGUGGGAGCACCACACCCUCGUCAGGAGGCGGGAGAAGCGAGGCAGCUUUCGGGUGCUGAUAGUGCAAGUGGAUGGUUGUGGGCAAGACCAAGAUGAGAUACGAGGAACCUUUCGACGUUGAUGCCUUCAUCAACAACCUCCUCUUCCUCAAGAAGUACCCAGGGAAGAAUAUCCGCAUGGAGGAGGGUCAGAUCAGAGCGCUAGUGUCAGCAGCACGUCAAGUCCUGCUUGAACAGCCGACAUUGGUGGAGCUGGAGGCACCAGUCAACAUAGUGGGCGACAUCCACGGUCAGUUCAAUGACCUCCUGAGGCACUUCGAUAAGCUGGGUUACCCUCCAGACCAGAACUACCUUUUCUUGGGUGAUUAUGUCGACAGAGGAAAGCAAUCCCUCGAGACCAUUUGCUUGGUGUUGGCGUACAAAGUGAAAUAUCCAAAUAAUUUCUUCAUCUUGAGAGGAAACCACGAGUGUGCUUCCAUUAACAGGAUAUAUGGUUUUUACGAUGAAUGCAAAAGAAGAUACAACGUUAAAUUAUGGAAAACCUUUACUGAUCUCUUCAACUGUCUACCACUUGCUGCAUUAAUAGAAGGCACCAUCUUGUGUAUGCAUGGCGGCCUCUCACCAGACCUGCACAAUCUUGAACAGCUCAGAGUAUUAGAGAGACCGCUUAAUGUUCCUGACUCUGGCUUGAUCUGCGACAUCUUGUGGGCUGAUCCCGAGGAGGAUGUUCGAGGUUGGUCCCCUAAUGACCGAGGUGUGUCUUGGACCUUUGGGGGUGAUGUUCUCAAAGCCUUUUUAGAACACCACGAUCUUAGCCUAGUGGUUCGUGCUCAUCAGGUUGUUGAAGAUGGUUACCAAUUCUUUCAAAAACGAUCAUUAGUGACGCUAUUCAGUGCUGCUAAUUACUGUGGGGAGUUUGACAACGCGGGGGCGGUAAUGGGAGUCAGCGAGGACCUCACCUGCUGGUUCAACAUUCUUCCUCCUGACCGCCGUCGAUCUUACAUCAAGAAAUGAAAGAGAGACUACCUGAAGCCAGGGUUAUUUAUUAAGUCUGUCACCAUGCUGAGUAACCUGUGCCAGCAUUGAGGACAGCACCAAGAGUAACACAAACAUGGCAAGAGAGCCGACAAAAAGACUGUGAUUUUAGAACUUCAUAUUUCCUCUUGUAUUUUUUUUAUUUAACUUAUUUCUUGUUGCUGCCGGAACAAGGUUGUUACCAAUACUACAUGUACGGGUUUGUAAUAAUGUCACAAACAGAAGAUUUUCGUGUAGCUAUAUGACUGUUAUGAAGACAGCAUGUGCCAGCUAUGUCUCUCUCCUUGGUACUACACCACCCACCACGUGACUCAACUUUCCUGUGAGCAGAUUAGCAUAGAAGAGCUUUGAAGUUGUCAGAUAAAUGUUCAGUUGCUUCAUCACACAACAUAAACUUUGCUCGAUGUAUUCUGCGAUAAGCAUUAGAAUUCAUUAUUACCAAAGAAUAAUUGAGAAAAAUGGCCAGUUAUUAUGUCUUGUCAGCAAACUUCAGUAAAUGAGGGAAAUGUAUUUAUAAAAACAAGACUUUGUUGCAUAUCUCUGGAACUUGACAAAAAUGGCAUUAUUAUCAAUAUUAAACCUCAAAAUAAAAAAUUAAAUGAAUUACAUCUAUAAACCUUUAGGAUGAUUUAAAAAGUUAUCAUAGUUUUGUUAGAAUCAGUCAGUCGUCAAAAUUGCGUAAAUUGGUCAGCUUAUACACCACCACAAUGGCCAACAUACACUAGUGAGGGGUGACUCAGAAAAUUUAUAAACACUGCCUUACAGAUUUAUGCGGAGAUCACGUGAAUGUUUGCAUUAAACCAGCAACAUUAUCCUCACUUGUUGGUAUGCAAGGUCUCUCACAACCAUCAGGUAGAUGUUACCCAUCAACAAAUGAGGAUAAUAAUAUUGUUGUACUAUAAACGUUCAUACAAUCUCCACCAUACUGUGUGAGGCAGUGUGUUUAAAUUUUUUUAAGCACCCAUUAUUACAGAGGGUAACAUAGCAUAUGUAUUUUAAACCCUUCAUCACAAAUGUACAAUUUUAUAGCAUUUUAUCAUCACAUCUCAUCUUAGUAGUCUAUUUUAUACUUAGUUAUUUUUCAAUAUGGCUUAUUUAAUAUGUAAGAAAUAAUAAUAUGAAGUAAUGAUUUAAUGGAAAGAUCCAGAGCAGGUCAAGAGAUUAUUUAUAUCAAGAUCAACUUACAGCCAGGGAGAAUAUUUAUGACACCAGAGAGAAUAUUUAUGACGAGGAAGACAAAAGAAUAUUUAUGCCAGAUCAGAAUAAGAGAAGAGAGAAUAUUUAUACUAGAUCAGUAUAAGACUAAAUAUUUAUGACAGAUCAGUAUAAGAUGACAGAAUAAACAUUAUUUAUGCCAGAUCAGUGUAAGACAAAGAAGAAUAUUUAUACCAGAUCAGUGUAAGACAAAGAAUAUUUAUACCAGAUCAGUUUAAGACAAAAUAUUUAUACCAGAUCAGUGUAUGACAAGUUAAACAAUGGUCAAAGACGGUUUAAUCCCCAAAUAUUUAGACAACAUGUGAAUACUGUACUGUAGAUUUCUUUCGCCUCUUCAUCCGAGCCAAACCUUGGAAGUCAUUUCAAGCUGCUGUACCUUUGUAAGAUAAUAACUUUGUAAUGGAAAAAGUAUCUUGCCUAAGUGCUAUAUGUGUCGUUAACUAAUUAAUCCAGAAACUACUCGAUUGUCAAUUUUGGAACAGGAAUAUGGAGCCUCAGUUUUAUUAUUUUUUUCCCACGAACAUCUUGUGGGUUGCAAGUGUUCAAGUUAUCUGAGGAAUGGAAUUUUUGGGGAUCUCCAACCUCACCUAACAUUUGGAUCAGUGUGUUACAUGUAUCCAUGGUAAUGCACUGCACUGUUGUAUCCAUGGUAACACACUAAACUGUAUCCAUGGUAACAUAAUAAAUUGUAUCCAUGGUAACACACUAAACUGUAUCCAUGGUAACACACUAAAUUGUAUCCAUGGUAACACACUAAAUUGUAUCCAUGGUAAUGCACUGCAUUGUUGUAUCCAUGGUAACACACUAAACUGUAUCCAUGGUAACAUACUAAAUUGUAUCCAUGGUAACACACUAAAUUGUAUCCAUGGUAACAUACUAAAUUGCAUCAUAGUAAUUCUCCAUCCCUGGGUAACUGACUCCUCCCCCCCCCCUCACACUGUAGGAUAAACUGUAGUGUAAUGAAUGUACAGUAAUAGCUUUUGCUGUAGUACUAAGAGUAGACUAAAGGACUAAAAUUAUCUGUAGUUUCCUCUAACACAUGGCUGUUGUAGCUGUGUAACCUCUGGGACACAUUUAUCAGUGUUACGGCAUAAAUGUGUACUACUGUAAUAGUAUCAUAGCAAGAGUUAAGCUAUAAGUGUGGUGGUCAUUCAUAUAAUUAUAAUUCAGUUUCAACAAAUAAAGGAUGUAAUUUUAAACUUAAUCUUAUUGUUGAUUUUGGAUGUUAAUAGUUAAAAGGGAAAAUCUAUUGAUAAAAGUUUAAUAUUUUGGUUUACUCAAUACUAUUAUGAACACUAUUUGUAUAUCUAAAUUGUCCCCGAGUUGUUGUGUUCAUCUUAACCUCUCAGCAGAACAGUACAGUACAGAUGAUCAAUGUCAGCAGGCAACAUGUACGUAAUGUACCUCCACGAGACAAACCAAUGUCACUGUUUUAGUGUUAGAACUAUUAAAAUCAGUAUUGUGCACUUCUAGUUGUCAUACACACUUACAAUAAAUGAAUACUACUUUU